CUCAUCAGCACUACUUCAUUAAUCAUAACCGCCCGAAUUUCGCUAAUCCAGUCGAGAGCAUAGCUUCUAUUAUCCCCCCUCUCUCUCUCUCUCUCUCUCUCUCUCUCUCCCGAAAUUCCAUCCAUCAUUUCCAGACCAAGGAACUCGACCAAAUAUACCACUUCUCUCGUAUCUCGCGUGUAUGCAUAGACCAACUACCAAAGCGCGACACGCGCGUAAUGAGAGUAAAAAACGAAAGUGAGACGCAAGCGGGUAGUCCUCCUCUCUUGCAGCGCAGAAAAGGAAGGACCUUCGAGGGCGCGCAAAAGCGAGCAGUAGCGCGUGGUGGCAAAAGGGAAAGACGUGCGAGCGCCGCCGCCGCCGCGAUCAUCGCGACGUUCACCUAACAAGUUCCAAGUGCUUCAGUUCCUGCCCGAACUUCACGCGAUCUUCUCGUAUACAGUGCUGUAGAGCUCGACGUACAUACCGAGUGCUGCUUCUACGGGCGAGAUUUUUUUUUUUAAUUUGAAUUUUUUUUUCUCCUCUCUCCUGGUGCUCCAAGGAGUAAUGCGGAUAGCGAGAGAGAUACUCGCGUGAUCCGCCGGAGAAGCUGCUAAGGGCCGUCGCAUAUUUUGUUCUGCUCGAGGUUAUACUGCGGCACAGAGCUCGUUACGAAGAUGUUGACGCUGACGCUGUUGGGGCUGCUGAUAUCGGCCGCGGCAAUCGGGACGGCGGAUGCCUCGCCACUCGCCCGCAUCCACGUGAAAUUCGUUCAGCCCCCCCACGUCCAGGAGUACGGCCUCAAGACCGAAGGGGCACGCGUGAUCUCGCAGCAGUCGUACCUGUCCAUCGGCAGGAGGCACUCGCCGCCCAACCUGAGAACGGGUAGCCCAGUGAUGGGCGGAUACUACUAUCCCCGGCCUCGGACGAUUCCGCGGGCUUUCGCUCCUGUCGAGCAGAAUGACAUCAACGUCAGCAACCGGGAGUACAGUCAUCAAACGCCGGAUUUCUCCAACGGAUUGGACUACCCCGACCCGCUGCUGCUGACGGGCGAGGCGGCACUGAGGGCAGUGCGCUACAUCUACGGACGGGGCGAGCUCUUCUUCAGCGACAUACCUCACACGCGCGCGAUUUUGCGAAACCAGCAGGAGAGACGGGAAAACGGACUCAACGGCAACAUACUCAGAAGCAUCAGACCCAACUCGCCUUUUUACGACCACAGAGAUUAGGUCAUCCUUAAACACGCAUAUCAUGGUUUUGUCCUCGUAUAGGCUGAUGAGGGACGAUUUCCUCAUGCGAAUUCUCGUCGAGUUUGCGCUGCUGAUGACUGAUGACUGCAACCUCUCGGUGGUUGAAGCGCGAUGUCUGAUGAUUAUUCGUGCCGGAUUCAACGUAGUGCCUGUAGACUAAUUUUUUUAAUAAACAUUUUAUACACUUUAUUACAGAUGGCCGUUUGGAUGAGAAUUAUUAUGUAGAUUUAGAAAGGAACUAAUUGUAGUGUAUAAGUGAACUCUUUGUACAUAACGUCUUUGUUUUAACUCGUGGUUUUUAUUAUACCUAUAGUUCGAAUUACUCAUGUACACCAAUUAGCUGUAAUGUAAUAAAAACUCAAGUGAGCUUGUGUAAACAUUUUCGUGUAAAAAAAUAA